AUGCUACAGUACAUCACAGGGCAGCACGAGGUGGUGUUACCAGACCAGAUCAACGUGACGUGUGGAUACAGUGGUUUCCCAUCACCCAUAUUGACCAUCAUUGCACCUGGUCUGACUAGUCAAGAGGUGAUCUCCAUGAGUACAACAGAUACAGGAACUCUUCCAAGUCAGCUUUACUACAGAAUGACGUCAUUAAUCAUCCCACGGUCUUCACGAUCCAACAACGGCACAUAUAUCUGCACUGCAACCACACCUGCAGCUACUUUAAUCACUCAAACAUCUGUGACUGUCUUAGAGGUACCUGAUGCUCCACUGGCCCCUUCGCUGACCAAAAACGUGGCAUUCCUGGUCGGCAUCGCCUGGCAGCUACCACUAGAGAACAACGCUGCCAUCGAUAACUACACCGUACUGUUUUCUUAUCAAACAUGCCUGAAGAAAAUAGUCACAAAUGCAACGGUGCUGCCUCCAUACCUACUUCGGACAAGCAUACCCGUGAAUGCAAACCAGACAUAUCGCAUACGCGUACGAGCAGCAAAUCGCAUCGGCUUUGGACCUUAUAGCCCAGCGCUCGACGUGGAAACUGUGCAAUCCGCGCCAUUCGGAGCACCACGGACUGUGAAAGCCGUUGCAGCUAGUCCAAGCACUAUCAAUUUCACUUGGGCCGAUGUGGCAUGCGGUGAGAAAAAUGGAUUAUUGGUCAAGUUCGAAGCAUCAUAUUACUUGCAGACCAAGAUUCCCGGCUCAACUGCAUCACCAACAGCCAUGGCAGGUAGUGUGGUGGUGUCAUCAAACACAUUCUAUAUCGUCAUCACUGGCUUACUGCCCAGCACGUGGUACUUGUUUGAUGUGAGAGCAUGGACGUCUGUCGGCCCCAGUCCGUUUAGCAAAACAAUCUCUCAAAGGACGCUAACUCCAGAUAACCGUUUGCCACCGAGAGCUGUUGCUUUGCACCAAACUGUAAUUGGCGUACAACACCGACCGCUGACACUAGCUGUGAAACUGCUCAAUCCUGGAAUACCCGCCGUCGAAUUAAUGGGAAUAACGUGGAGCAAGGUUGGCCAAACAUCAUGGUUAGCCGCUAACAAAAGGUACCUUUCAUCCGAUUACCUCAAUCUGACCAUACCAGCUGUGAUUUAUCGGGUUGCAGGACAAUAUUUUGUGGAACUUGGCAACUCGGCUGGAAAAGUGAAAGUCAACUUCACCGUUCAUUAUCAAGAACCUGCAUCAAUGACUCAGACUCUGAAAGGUGUGUCAGUUAACCAAGGGGGCAAUGCGAUCUUCUCAUGUAUCGCUCAUGGCAACCCGGUGCCUAUAGUAACUUUCUAUCACAACACAUCCCAGCUGUCCCCUGCACUCUACACAAUGUCAUCAUAUGUGGAUUUGGCUACCGUGCAGAGGGGAGUCUAUGCUACUCUUUCCACGUUGACGCUUACAAAUGUUAGCAACAAUGCCAGCCAAGGAACAUACUCAUGUGAGGCCAGCAACAUACAUCCGCCAAGUGUAAAGUCGUCAGCAAGCCUGGAUGUCCAUGUUCCACCAAGACAGCUAUCACCCCCUAAGGAUGUUGUCAGCAAUCGUGGUGGGACAGUGCAAUUUGUUUGUAAUAUGUAUGGUAUAACCAAUCCACGCCUCACCUGGUUCCAUGAUGGAAAGGAUCUCCACACGAGUCAGGCCUUCCUGUCAAACAGAGUGCAUCUCUCCAAGAGUGCGUCAAUCUUGAACAUCACGAAUGUCCAGUACAUUGAACGUGGUGACUAUCACUGUUUUGCUGACAACACUAAUCCCAGCAAAACCUGGGGAGGAACCGUGUCAGGCACUCCGGCGACUUUGACAGUGUACGUUCUACCGAGUGGUGCUCCUGACAAGGCCGUACAAGUGGGACUGAGAGGAGACCAAGUUACCUUGAAAGCGGUAGUAACUCACCAAGGUCACCCACCUGUUCCUUACUACAACAUCACAUGGUCCAAGAAAUUUGACUCCCAAUGGAGUGCGCUGUCUCCACUAUACUCUCUUUCUGCUAGUGGACACUCACUGACGUUUUUCCAAAUGAAUCACAAUGACGCAGGCGAUUACACUGUCAAAUUAGGAAAUCUAGCUGGUGAGGUUCGCCUGGACUUCACUCUCACAUAUGCAGAGCGGCCGGAGAUUCUCACACCUCCGUCUACACAGCGCGUAAAUCAGGACACCGACGUCAUCCUGUAUUGCGUAGCCAGUGGAUUGCCAACACCUAAUAUAUACUGGAUGUACAACAGCAGUAGUGGCCAUACUCUGCAAUACGUCAACAUGGAGCAGCCCAAUACUGCCGUCAACCUACGCGGAAGUUUCGUAGUGAACUCCACCCUCACAAUCCCAUCAGUACAGAAUGACGUGCACCAGGGCAACUACACAUGUGUGGUGGAGAACAUACACAAACCAGAUGCACAGGCCACUGCAUAUGUUCAUAUAUAUGUUCCUGCAGUACAACUUCUGUUGACGGCAAACCAAUCAGUUUUAGCCGGCAAUACUGCUGUUCUAAAGUGCAAUGUCUAUGGAGUCCCCACACCUACUGUGGAGUGGUACAAGCGUGGAUUGGUGAGUUGUUGA